AAGGAAAGCUGUAAACAUAACAACUGAGAUUGGCCACUAAGGCUCUGUAAAGGGGAGCUGGAAAGGGGAAACAGGGCUUCCAGUUCGCCGGAUUCCCUGCUUCUCAACCUUCUAUAAGGCCAUUGCUUUCCAACUUCAGCUACAGUGAUAGCUAAGUUUGGAAAGAAAGAAAAAGGGAGUUCGAUUCUUGCAUUCAUUUUGUUUAACGCUUAGUAACGUCAGAUUCGAUUGACAUUGUUAUUAGAAAUCAUCAUGGCAAGGUCAAGGGCUACAAAGUCUGAAGGAUGUUGCGGAUCAUUUGUCAGCUAUUUUACCUCUGCAAAAUUUCUUAUGUACCUUGGUCACUCUUUGUCUACUUGGGGAGAUCGCAUGUGGCACUUUGCUGUCUCUUUGUUCUUGGUAGAAUUGUAUGGAAACAGUUUACUUCUCACUGCUGUUUAUGGACUUGUGGUUGCAGGCUCUGUCCUUCUCCUUGGAGCUAUAAUUGGAGACUGGGUUGAUAAAAACCCACGACUGAAAGUGGCACAGACGUCUUUAGUUGUGCAAAAUGUUUCUGUUAUAAUUUGCGGAAUUAUCCUGAUGGUGGUUUUCUUGUACAAGACUGAACUUUUAUCAAUGUAUCAAGGAUGGCUCUUGACCCUCUGCUAUAUCCUGGUUAUUACUAUAGCGAACAUUGCAAAUCUGGCCAGUACAGCUACAGCCAUCACAAUUCAAAGGGACUGGAUUGUUGUUGUUGCUGGUGAAGACAGGAGCAAAUUAGCAGACAUGAACGCAACAGUGAGACGAAUUGACCAGCUCACAAACAUAUUGGCUCCACUGGCAGUUGGACAGAUAAUGACAUUUGGAUCACCUGUUCUAGGAUGUGGUUUUAUUGCUGGUUGGAACUUGGUGUCAAUGUGUAUAGAAUAUUUGCUACUUUGGAAUGUGUACCAAAAGACACCAGCCUUGGCUUUUAAAUCUUGCAAGAAAGAUGAACAAGAACUGAAACAACUUAAUAUAAAAGUUGUAGAUGCAAAUUCAAAUAACAAUGAAAAACCUGCUGAAGAUGUCCAACUCAUGGGAGAAAAAAGUGUGGCGACAGCUGAAACUUCUAAAAAGUCAAUGUGCAGUGAGAAAAUUACAGAACCCUUUCGUACCUUUCGUGAUGGGUGGGUUGCAUACUACAACCAGUCAGUGUUCUGGGCUGGCAUGGGUCUUGCUUUCCUCUACAUGACUGUCCUUGGCUUUGACUGCAUCACCACUGGGUAUGCCUACACACAAGGCUUGAGUGGCUCUGUUCUUAGUAUUCUUAUGGGUGCAUCUGCCAUUUCUGGAAUUAUGGGAACUGUUGCAUUUACCUGGUUCAGAAAAAAAUGUGGUCUGAUUCGUACUGGAUUCAUUUCAGGAGUAGCUCAAGUCAGCAGCCUUGUUCUAUGUGUGGUUUCAGUCUUUAUGCCUGGAAGUCCAUUGGAUCUUACAGUUUCUCCAUUUCAAGACAUUGGUACUCGCUUUCUGGAAGUAGAGCCUUUACCUACAUUAUCUCCAGAUGGUGUUUCUCAGGAAGUCCUCACAACCAGCUUACAAAAUCUUUUGAAUAACUCCAGCUUAACAACUGAUGAACCAGGUGUUUCAAUGCCAUUGACCUCAGUCAGUUUACUUUUUGCUGGAGUUAUUGCAGCUAGAAUUGGUCUUUGGUCCUUUGAUCUGACUGUAACACAGCUCCUUCAAGAAAAUGUCAUAGAGUCUGAAAGAGGCAUUAUAAAUGGAGUCCAGAACUCCAUGAAUUAUCUUCUUGAUCUUAUGCAUUUCAUCAUGGUGAUCUUGGGGCCCAACCCAGAAGCGUUUGGCUUGCUUGUUCUUAUUUCAGUGUCUUUUGUUGCAAUGGGCCACAUGAUGUUUUUUCGAUUUGCAUACAAAAAUCUUGGAAUGCAAUUAUUUUCUUGCUCUUCAUCAGAUUUGAAAACAGUGGCAAGUAAUGCGCAACAUGAAGAUUCAGCAGUUUAAAGGGAAUGUGUCAUCAGAAAAUGACCUAUUGUAUAAGGGUACGUUCACACGUACAGGAUCUGCUGCAUAUUUUGUGCAGCUGAUUUUUCUACCUAUUAACUUCAAUGGGUAGCAAAAUCAGCUGCAGAAAAUAUGCAGCAGAUUUUGGACAUGUGAACACACCCUAAAUCAAGAUUUUAUCUUAGCUAUACUUUUCAAGAAUUUUUGUUGUUUUUUUCUAAUUUUCCAUUUUACUAUCUAUCUAAGACUUCUUGUUAUAUACAGAUAAUUUGUAAAGAAUUGCUUUCCUCUCAGAGACAGGAGUACAGUAAAAGGCGACACCAGUAAAGAGAUAACAUUGGAUCCACUACCAUUCAUAGCAGAGAUCAGGAUCCUGCCUUCCUGUAGAAUGACCUCUAAAGAGGUCAAAGAGAAUGCUCAGUAACAUCUGCAAUUCAUCUAAAUUGGUCAGCUUCUGCCCUUUGUUGUCUAUGUCCAUGAGUCCUGCAGCUUAUAACUAAAUUAUGUGCAAAGAAACACAUUGCAUCCUGGUAAAUAAACCUUCUUUUCACCAUUCUGGUUGUGUCGUUUGGUCCAGUCAGCACCAUUACAAUCCUGCCGUUGGUCUACUGAAGCUCAUCCUAUUACUCUAAUCAGGAAAAACAAACCUAGGUGACACAUUCCCUUUAAAGGCGAAUUAAGGUCUUCAACCAAUUAUUAGCUUAUGUUGUGUUUACUAGUGACCUUCAAGUUUGUUACAAUGUUGGCUUUAUUGAAAGUUAUGUAGUAGUAGAUGGUAAUUUGAUAAAACCACAAAAGAACCGAAACACACAUUUAUGUUCAGAUUAAGGGUAUGUUCCACUGCGGAAUUCCGCACGGACAUUCUUCCGCAACAGAAUCACAUUGAUUUUAAACUGAUUCUGUUGCACUGUUCACAUAGCAGUAUUUCAAAUUCCGACAUGUCUAUUCUUUCUGCGGACUCUGCACAGAAAUGCAUUGCUGUCUAUAAGACUGCUCAUUUCCGAGCAGUCUUAGCGCUGACAUGUUCUGCCUGCACUCAGGGAGUCAGGGAGGUUUUCAGUGUGGACUUUCACCCGUGUAAACAUAGCCGAAGUCAAUUUUUUUGUCAAAUGCUUUGAAAGCUGCCUUUUGGUGUGUAUGUCAGAAAUAGCCCUUUUAUUCCCAAAGUUUCAUGACAAUUAUGGAUUUUCUAAUUUUCUGCUUAAAGGGGUACUGGUGCCAGACUAUUAUACAGAUUUUCUGCUUAAAGGGAUACUGGUGCCAGACUAUUAUACAGAUUUAUAAAUUACUUCUGCUAAAAAAUCUAAAUCCUUCCAGUACUUAUCAGCUGUUGUGUGCUUCAUAGGAAGUUAUGUAGUCCUUUCCAGUCUGACCACAGUGCUUUCUGCUGUCUCCUCUGUCUGUAUCAGGAACUGGCCAGAGGAAGAGUUCUGCGAACCUCUACUACUCUGGACUGUUCCUGACAGGGACAGAGGUGGUAGCAAAGGGUACUGUGGUCAGACUGGAACUACACAACUUCCAUUGGAGCAUACAGCAGCUGAUAAAUACUUGAAGGCUUCAGAUUUUCAAAUAAAAGUAAUUUACAAAUCUGUGUAACUUUUUGCCAUUUUUUUUCUCCCAAAUUCAUUUUUUCGUUUUUUUUUUUUUUAACUUUUAAUGGGGUAUUACGAAGUGCCACAGGGGCAAAGUAAUUGAAUUAAUUUGAUUAAUCACUCUUCUAUUAGUUAUAUGUAUGAUAUUGCAAUUAUGUUUUACAGGAAUACAUUGGUAUACCUUAGAUUUACCUGUGCUACAAAGCAUCCUUAACAAUGAUGUUGCAACCGGACUUAUGUAACCUGACUGUAAGGCAAAACUAAUGCAAUAUAUAUAUAUAUAUAUAUAUAUAUAUAUAUAUAUAUAUAUAUAUAUAUAUAUAUAUGUAUGUGUGUGUGUGUGUGUGUUUGUGUAAUAUAUACAUUUUUUUUUCACAAUGGGGGUGGAGUCAAUGUCAGACCAACAUACAAUUGCAUGAGUCUUUGGUUGGGUGACAGUUAAUUCUUUGUCUUACAGUAAACUAUUUUAUUUGAAAAGUGAUUUUGUUUUUAUAUCAAUCAAUGCAAAUAAAAAGCAAAAAAUGAAUGUUUAAAAAUGGCAUAAUAUUGACCAUUGUUUGAUUACAGAAACAAUUUGAAUCAUUGUAAUGUCUUUAUCGUUUUUGUAUCACAGUUACAGUAUAGCCUUCUUUACUGUGUAAUUUCUUUGAUUUUGUUUAGCAUUUAACUUUUAGCAUCUAACUAUAUUAAUUGUGUUAUUGUAGCAGCCUAUUAUAUCUGUCCAAAGAACAACAACACAAUUGAGUUCCAAAUACUAGUAGCUUAUCCACAAAAAAGCCACAACACCAUAGAGCUCCAUGCAGACUCUCCAGGCAAUUCAAAUCAAACACGUGUGUAGGGCAAUGGUUAUAUGCUGACCGCAAGUGAAUCAAUGGAAGUGAGUAAAAGAUAAAAUCAUAACUCACGAUUUCUUUGGAAAAUUCUUCAGGAUUUACUUUCCUUUUUUUUAUAUUGCACUUCAGAUCGUCUUGAAAAGACUUAAUAGCAGCAUAUUUAGCAGCAGAAUUAAACAGCAUAAACAGUAGUUCCACCAGUCAUGGCACAACGUUUCAGGGGCAGACCCCCUUAUUCAUGCGCGUGAAUGAUCAGAAAUGAUCUGAUUGGUUGCUAUGGGCAACUGGGCAAUUUUCCUCUGCACAGGUUUUUAUAAAUCUCCCCCAACUUGAACCCUGGUAUUAACACCGCUUAAAAGCUGACCUGUUAGCAGGUCUUUAAGGUAUAAAGUAAGGGUAUGGCUGUAUAGGGCUUUUGGUCCUGAAUCCGUACAUUAUUUAAUUGACCCCACCAACACCGGUGAAAGGGCUUAAUACGGCUGGACUGGCUCCACAGCCUAAAUUGCAUAUCAACAUUCCUGCCAAACUCUUUUAAUAUUGCUCUUUGGGGAGAAAAAACAAAACUGCAUGCAACAGUUUUUUUUUUCUUUUCUUCCCAUAGGGAAAUAUUGACCAUUCAUGUCUCUAAUUGCACAACCAUAUUUUGCCAGGUAACUCUAGUGUUAGUGAAUUUAUAUACAGUCAACAAUGUAUAUAACUAGAUUUAAAAAAACGUGUUUGUGUGUGUGUGUUAUUUGAGUGUAAAAUAUUAGAAUUUGUCCUGCAACCUCAGACUAGUUUUUAGAUAAGAUAUUACACUAAAAACAUUACUUUAGUAAAAUUUUGCUAACAUGCUUCAUUUUCUGUAUAAUUUUUCAAUUAGGCAAAUUGAUUAUCAUUAAAAGGUUAAGAGACAUAAUUAGGCCUAUUUCUAUUGCAUAAUUUUCUAUCUGAUACAUCCUAAAAAGGUUGACAAUUUACUCACAGAUAGUACCAUCAAAUCAUUAGAUAUACAUUUUCACUGUUUUCCUAGAAAUUUCAAAGCCCAUACUGACAUCCAAAUAGUUAUAAACUAAUAUUGCUCUCCUUUCAUAAGUCCACGUUUAGCAAUUCUAUAGAAAAUGGAUUUGACAUUAAAGGGAAAAGUGACUACUGAUUCACAUGCACUAAACCCAAUGCAUGGGGUUCUAGUCCAGGUAAACCAAACAAAAAUAAGGUAUUGAUUAUCUGGAUCUGCAGCACAAUAUUAGAUAGAAUUGCUAAUAUUUUAAUUGCCGGCUUUGCACAAUGGAGAUGAUACCCAGCAUCCCCUACCUCAUGCCGCGCCUCGCCGGGCGAUUAACAUAUUAUCAAUGCCAUCUUAUAAUCUCCAGAACCGGGCCAUGGAUCCGGGUAAGUUAUACCUUCUUUUUAAUUCACAUUUUUAAAGAUCACAGUUGAGGCAAAAUAAGUAUAGCAAAUGAAGUACACUCACUGCACUCCAUUUUAAAUUUGGAUCUUGUUGGUUUUUUAACUUUUGUAACUAGUGAAACUGAAAUUCCAUUAUAACUUUUUUGCAGAUCUGCUUAAAAUUUGCUGCAUUGUCCUGAUAGAAAGGUUAAACCUAUGCUUGUGGACAAAAAUCUUUCUGAAAUUCUCUCAUCAUUACAGAAUUUUCCUCUUCCAAAUUAGAUUCUGUUCCUGCUUUGAAGAGAAGGGUCCAGGGUCUCAUUACAUACACCUUUAUGCCAAAAAACAAAUAUACAUAUUACAAUAUUAGUUAUCAGUGAACCUUUGUUGCAUAUACAUACAUUUUACAAUAUACAGUGGUUCCACAAAUUACAAUAUUAAUUGGUUCCAGGACGACCAUUGUAUGUUGAAACCAUUGUAUGUUGAAACUUGCUUUAUCUAUAUUAGUUAUCUACUUAUUUGUCUUUAAUCCUCACUUUUUCCUAUUUUUGGAUUACAUUUUGUUGGCUUCAGAACCAA